AAUCGGCAGCAGCAUGUAUUGUUAAUCAAGUUUGAUGAAGUCACCUCGUAAGUCGUAACCGGAUGAGAUUCUCCUCAUUCAAAAAUCAAACACGACUCCAAUUCCAAACUACAAACUCAAAAUCUCAGUAUGGGCCUACCGGAGAUCGUCGACGUUGCUCGGAAUUUCUCCGUUAUCAUCAGAGUUCAGGGCCCUGACCCAAAAGGACUGAAGAUGAGAAAGCACGCUUUCCAUCAUUACACCUCAGGGAAAACGACUCUUUCAGCAUCUGGAGUGUUAUUGCCUACUUCAUUUAAUGUUAGCAGUGAGCCAAUGUCAUUGGUUCUCACAGUUGCAUCCAUAAUCGAGCCAUUUCUUUCACCAAAACAUAGAGAUCACAUGUCUCAGGUCAAACCAGAGUUGAUUUCUGGUGCUCAGAUAGAUAUAUUUGUUGAGGGGAAUGCUAAAGGAACUCCUCAUUGGCUAUCUGCUGAACUUAUAACGUUGAUAUUCCAGGUUCAUCUGUUGCUCUUGAAUCUUUAGUAGGAGGGUCAUUGGAUCAUGGGUGGGAAGUUGGUUGGUCUUUAGCCUCAUAUAAUGAUGCUCAUCAAUCGAUUUUUUGAUUCUAAACAAAAAGAGACUCAAAGAUCUUCAAUGCUGGAAUCACAAUCAACUGAUCCAACUCUAAUAGGAAAUUUGGGGACUCGAAUUGCAAUUCUGAAACUUUCCACAAAAACUUUUGAGUUGCAUAAAUCUGGAGAAUUAGUGGAAAAUGAUUUUGUGUAGGAUCUUCCAAACCUAAAGAUAUGUUCUUCAAUUAAGAGAGGAGAUCUUCUUCUAGCAAUUGGUGCUCCUUUUGGUGUUUUGUCUCCUUCCCAUUUCUCCAACAGUAUAUCAGUUGGCUAUGUUUCCAAUUACUACCCUCCAAGUUCCUCUCACAUAUCAUUGUUGAUGGCAGAUAUUCGAUGUCUUCCUGGAAUGGAAGGCAGCCCGGUUUUUGGGGAACAAUCAAAGAUAGUUGGCAUGCUUACAAGGCCACUGAGGCAGAGGGGUAGUGGUGCUGAAGUUCAGCUUGUGAUUCCAUGGGAAGCCAUUGUAACAUCAUGUACAAGAUUUUUAUCACCCAACACAAAAACCCCCUUAAAACGCCACGUCAUCCCUCCAAAUCCCAUAGAAAACACCACGUCAUCAAUAUGUCUUAUAACAAUCGGUGAUGGUGUAUGGGCAUCCGGUGUUCUACUCAACCACCAUGGCCUUAUUCUCACUAAUGCUCACCUUCUUGAGCCAUGGCGCUUCAAGAAACCUCAUGAAAACCAUAAAAACACAAUUUCCAAUAUCUUUUUCACCCAUUCAAAAGAAGCUAAACAAGAAAGAGAAUUCAAUCAAAGGGUACAAGUUCGGGUGGAUUAUGUGGAUAAUCGUGUUUGGUGUGAUGCAAAUGUGGUGUAUGUUUGUAAAGGACCUUUGGACAUUGCAAUAUUGAAGCUUGAGUUUGUGCCUCAUAAGUUGCAACCGAUUGUUAUGGACUUUACUUGUCCCUUGAUUGGAUCGAAGGUUUAUGUUGUUGGACAUGGACUUUUUGGCCCUCGUUGUGAUUUUCUUCCAUCAGCUUGUGUGGGUGUGGUGGCAAAAGUAGUUAAAACUGGCGGAGAUGGAGAUAUUCCGGCAAUGAUUGAAACAACUGCCGCCGUGCAUCCUGGUGGUAGUGGUGGUGCUAUUCUUAAUUCAAAUGGUCACAUGAUCAGUCUUGUUACAAGUAAUGCUAAGCAUGGUGGGGGGACAGUAAUACCUCAUUUAAAUUUCAGCAUUCCAUGUGCAGCAUUACAGCCUGUCUUCAACUUCUCAAAAGACAUGAAAGAUAUAUCAAUCUUGAAAGAUCUUGACAGACCAAAUGAACAACUUUCUUCUGUAUGGGCAUUGAUGCCGCCCGCAACCCCUGAACCAGGACCAGCAUUGCCCGACCAGCUGCCCGGGCUGCCCGGAGAAGAGAAAAAGGGUUCCAAAUUUGCGAAAUUUAUAGCAAACAGACAAGAAUUCUUGAAAGAAGCAUCGCCUCUUGACAACAAGGAUGGUGAUUCUUCAAAAUAUCUUCCCAGCAAAUUGUGAAAGUAGUAAUUUAUGGCAUACUAAGGCGUUUUUUUUCUGAUUCCUAUUAAGUGUUGUAUGUAUAAAGUGUUGACUGAAUAAAUAAUAAUGUUUAAAUAAAAUUUA